CUUGGGCUCUUCUUGUCCCCAGGUCUUCGGUGGGGUCUCUGUGCUCACAGCUCCCAGGUGGCUCCUUCCCUCUUGAUGUCUCCCAGGGCCAGAAGGGCUCAGCCAACAUGUGUUUUCUGAAGAAGCGAACUAGCCCUGCUGCUUCCCUCUCGGUGUCUGCCUCCUGGGCACAAACCGUUUCCGAGCUGUCCAACAGUCAGGACUGUGUGCUUGCCCAAACCUUGUCUGGCUCUCAUACCGAGAUGUCCAGGCACUCAGCAAUGCCAGGCUCAGUAUCCCAGAAGAGUGGCAUUAAUCCUGCCUUCACUGGUUCCUUGUUGCCCAUGUUUUCUCGGGUAAUUCAGAGUGCUGUGGCGAUUACAACCUGCACUGCAAGUGAUGGAAGCCCAUUUGCUGCAGACACACAGAGACGCCAAGGGGAACCAACCCCAAACCAAGAUCUCCCAUCACUGGCUGUCCUACUGAGAGGGGCUUCACAAGACAUGGAGCCGCUUGUAAUGACGGCGAUUCCGGCCCAGGUGGGUGACCCAGGACCCCCGUGUCUCGUGCUGGCACUGACUACAGCAGCUCUGUCUACACUGGCACUGCCCCCAUUGGCAGUGCCCACACUGGCUCCACUCACACGGGCACUGCCCACACCAGCUGCGCCCACACUGACACCACUCCCACUAGCACUGCCCACACUGGGACAGUCGGCACGGGCACCCCUAGCACCGGACGCCCUCGCUGUGCUACCGGCAGUUUACAGCCCGAGCAGAUGUCCUGACUCUGGCUGUUAUGCUCAGAAGUUAGAAGUGAAGCCAAGGGAGACAGUGAGGCAACCAGCUGGCCUGGUGCUGCUCCCGGCAACAAUCCCUUCCCCCCUCCUUCCCUCACCACAGACCGUGCCCACUGGCCAUUCCAACCUGCCUGGGCACCCAGAGCCAUGCCAGCCACGAAGUGCCAAAAGCCCGGAUGCCCACAGAGGGUCAGGAAGGCCAGGCGUUGUGGGACUAGGGGACACCACUUCCAGGUCACAUCCUGCUCAUCACUCACCUCCAGAUCGGGCAAGAGCCAGCAAACAUUCACCUUCACUCACAACCCCUCAUGAGACGCCAUUACCUGCCCCCGAGGAAGUGUCCAGCCUUCAGUACCAGGAUAGACUGUGGAGUGGAAGCGAGACAGCAAGGCUGAGCCAGGGUCGGCAGGUCACACAGCCCCUCACUAUUCCCCGGGCCGGGCAGGAGAGGACAGUAAGGCAGAUCAGAGCUGACAACAGUGACACCAGCAGUGAUGAAGACAGACUGGUUAUCGAAACUUAGUGUUUGUGGCCACCGUCGCAUGCUGUCUGUGAUUGCGUGCUGGUGAUGGUCUAUGUCCCUCACACAGAGCUGAGACACUGGCUGAAUAGUUUGAAUCUUCUUUGAGUAACUGUAUUUGCUUGGUUUGUGAUAAGGAUGAUAUAUUAAGAAUUUUGCGCAUUUUGCUGGAAGAGACAAAUGUCAUUAAAAUAUUUUA